AGGAUUGCCUUUUGAAUGUCCAAUUCAGUGAAAUGAAGGUCAAGACUAAUGAAGAGCAGCUCUCAAGCUAUGCAGAAGGGCAACUUCACAGGAUGCUGGUGCGUAUGACGGGAGCCAAAACGGUUUUGAUAAUAGGAAGGCUAAAAGUCCCAUCCAUUUUGGCUAUGGCUGAACUGGUGCCAGAAGAUAGCAGCAUAACCAUAUGUGCCACACAGCCCCAUUUUGGAGAAUCCAGCCAGGAGGCCUUUGAUUUCUCAGCUCAUGGCAACAAAAUGAGGGCACAAAUAGGACCAAUAAUGGACUCCUUGGAGGAGUUAGCAGCCGUGGGGAAAGAUUUUGAUAUAGUCUUUAUUGAUGCCGAUCAAAGGAACCCUGCAGAGUACUAUCGCUUUGUCAUGGAGAACCAUUUGCUGAGGAUGGAUGGGACGCUCUGCAUAGAGAACGCCCUCAUGAAAGGAGAGGCCUACCUGGAGAAUACGGCAGAUGAAAAUGUAUUAGGUGUCAAAAAACUGAAUCAAGUAAUUAAUUCAGAUCCUCACACGGAGCAGGUGGUCCUUCCUGUGGAAGGUGGCUUGAUUCUUCUCCAAAGGAGUCGGAUAUGUGCCGAUGAGGAGACUAACCUAGGAGGUGUUGUGAAAGACGACGUGUUUUGGGGCCACCGUGGCUGCCGCAUCCUUGACCGCCUGCAGCUGGACGGCAAAGUCGCCUAUGUCACCGGAGGAGGCCAGGGGAUCGGCCGAGCCUUUUGCCAUGCGCUGGGGGAAGCAGGGGCGAAAGUAGCUGUGGCGGACCUGGUGCUUGCCAAAGCAGAGGCAGUAGCAUGUGAGCUGCGGCUCAAAGGGAUAAAAAGCAUUGCUAUAGCAGCAGACGUAAGCAGACCGGAAGAUGUGCAGAGGAUGCUUGCUACAAUCGUAGAUAAGUGGGGCACAGUCCAUAUUGCAUGUAACAAUGCAGGGAUCAACAUGAAUUCACCAAGUGAAGCUACCUCCCUGGAAGAAUGGGACAAAACUUUCAAUGUGAAUUUGCGAGGCUUGUUUUUGUGUUGCCAGGCUGCAGGCCGCAUUAUGCUGAAUCAAGGAUAUGGGAAGAUAAUUAACACAGCAUCUAUGGCAAGUUUAAUAGUUCCUCAUCCACAGAAGCAAUUAGCUUACAAUGCUUCGAAAGCCGGGGUUGUAAAGUUAACUCAGACGUUGGGGACGGAGUGGAUUGAUAGAGGAGUGAGAGUGAACUGCAUUUCUCCGGGGAUUGUCGAAACACCGCUCAUCCAUUCUGAGGAGCUGAAACCUCUUGUGCAGUGCUGGCUCACGGACAUCCCAGCCGGACGGCUGGCUCGAGUGACAGACUUGCAAGCUGCCGUCAUAUACUUGGCAUCUGAAGCUUCAGAUUAUAUGACUGGCCACAACUUAGUCAUUGAAGGAGGGCAAAGCUUAUGGUAGAAAAGGAAUGGAAACGCUCUUUCAAUGCAUGCGGAGGAAUGACAGGCACACAGGAAAGACUCCCCUGAUCACAUUGCAGUUCUGCACGAGUUACGAGUGUUCAGCUUCUCUCUUGACAUUGUCCAUUAAUUCCUUCUUCCAAAAAAUACAGCUUUUAAUUUCCAAACUGCUAUUUUAGACCCAAUCUACAGCACCUCUUGUCUUAACAAAAGUCUGCAUGUGGAGGUUUGCUUAUUUUUUAAAAAAAUCUGCCCUAGACUGAAUGCUGUAGUAACACACACACACACACACACACACACACUGAUUUUCCCUCUAUCGACACAUUCAGUUCAGUGGAGUAAACAGAUUGCCACUAUGCAAAUAAUUUUGUACUUAAAAAAAUAAAAAUAAAGUAGGAUCCUAUAUUUUAGCCAACAGAGAAGACAUCCUGUUGCCAGCUUGACUGUUGUGCUUGAAUCUUUGCUAAAUUACUGCUUCAAUUAAUCAAGAAAAUUUGUUGAUACUUCUACUGCAGCUGUAAUGUCAAAUAUGGGGGGGGGGGUUGCAUGGGGGGUGGGAAGAGAAAUGCUUGAAAUGCUAAGUUAUUCUUGCAGCAGGAUUUUGUCUUGAGAAAGUAAACUGAGGAUUGACAGUCAAUGUUUGUCGGUGUGUGUUAUAGCCCCCGCCCACCCCCAGCUUUAAAUGGAAAUUAUUCCAGCAAUUGCUCUAAAAGGUGUUGGGAUUGCAUUCUGCAUUGCAAAAUUAAAAUCACUUUAUCUAA